AUAACACCUGACAGCUUUGUGAUGCAUAGAAAAAGUCAGAAUCGAGUUCAGUUAGUCUCGCGCUUUCAAAUUUAUUUCUUGAGAACCCUCUGGUACCAACCCGAAUCAAGGUGUAUUUCAAAUAGCGGCACCAAAAUAAAGACACCUCGAGUGAACAUGACCAGUAUAUUAAAGUCGCAUGUGUUAUCCAAAACCGUAAUAAAUCACACCCUCACGAAAAUCAACGCGGGAUGCGCGAGUAGAUUACUUCAUGUUAAUGUCGACCGAAAAAAUGCUAAGGCUUCUUCCGGAGGUUCCAAAGUUUAUCCCAUAGUCGACCAUACUUACGAUGCCGUCGUGGUCGGUGCGGGGGGCGCCGGCCUCCGAGCCGCGUACGGUCUCGUUUUGGAAGGUUUUAAAACUGCCGUCAUUACCAAACUCUUUCCUACUCGAUCUCAUACUGUGGCGGCGCAAGGAGGCAUUAACGCCGCAUUAGGUAAUAUGGAGGAAGACAAUUGGCAAUGGCACAUGUAUGACACAGUAAAAGGUUCAGACUGGUUGGGUGAUCAAGACGCAAUUCAUUAUAUGACCCGCGAAGCCCCAAAAGCUGUUAUUGAAUUAGAAAAUGCGGGCAUGCCGUUCUCCAGGACCACAGACGGGAAAAUUUAUCAGAGGGCUUUCGGGGGGCAAUCGCUUAAGUUCGGAAAAGGUGGACAAGCCCACAGGUGCUGUUGUGUGGCAGACAGGACCGGCCAUAGUCUCUUGCACACUUUAUAUGGCCAAAGUUUAAAGUACGAUUGCAAUUAUUUCGUCGAGUAUUUUGCUUUAGAUUUACUCAUGGAGGAUGGUGAAUGUAGAGGAGUGAUCGCUUUAUGUUUGGAAGAUGGGACCAUUCAUCGCUUCAGAGCGAAAAAUACGGUCUUGGCAACGGGCGGCUAUGGUAGAGCCUAUUUCUCCUGCACCUCGGCUCACACGUGCACGGGAGACGGUACCGCUAUGGUAGCUAGGGCUGGUCUUCCCAGUCAAGAUCUCGAAUUCAUUCAGUUUCAUCCCACGGGAAUCUACGGGGCAGGUUGUUUGAUAACGGAAGGGUGCCGUGGAGAGGGGGGCUAUCUCAUCAACUCCGAAGGCGAGAGGUUUAUGGAACGGUACGCGCCUGUCGCUAAAGACCUGGCAUCGAGGGAUGUCGUAUCCAGAAGCAUGACCCUUGAAAUCAGAGAGGGGCGGGGUUGCGGCCCUGAAAAAGAUCACGUCUAUCUGCAGCUACACCACUUACCAGCCGAGCAGUUGCACACGAGACUGCCCGGUAUCUCGGAAACGGCCAUGAUAUUCGCGGGUGUGGACGUCACUCGUGAGCCGAUUCCUGUAUUACCGACCGUGCAUUACAACAUGGGGGGCGUGCCCACCAAUUAUAAGGGACAAGUUUUGACGACGCGCGACGGCAACGACGUAGUGGUUCCCGGCUUGUACGCCUGCGGGGAAGCCGCCUCCUCAUCGGUUCAUGGGGCUAACCGCCUCGGGGCAAACUCCCUCCUCGAUUUGGUCGUCUUUGGGAGGGCCUGCGCCCACACGAUCGCCGCGGAAAAUAGACCUGGUGAAACGGUCGGUCCCGUCAAACCGAAUGCCGCAGAAGAGUCGGUUGCGAACUUAGAUUGGUGCAGGUACGCCAACGGUCGAAUUCCCACUGCGGAUUUGCGUCUGCAGAUGCAGAAAACGAUGCAAAGCCACGCGGCGGUAUUUAGAACCGAGGAUGUGCUCAAGGAAGGCAUCAUUAAGAUGCAAAAACUCUACAAGCAAUUAGGCGACCUGAAAGUGUCGGAUAACAGCCUUAUAUGGAAUUCGGACUUAGUAGAAACUUUGGAAUUGCAAAAUUUGAUGUUGAACGCGAUGAUGACGAUUGUCGGUGCCGAAAAUCGUAAAGAGUCGAGAGGCGCUCACGCCAGAGAAGACUACAAGACCCGUAUCGACGAGUAUGACUACAGCAAGCCCCUCGAAGGGCAGAAAAAGAAACCCAUCCAAGAGCACUGGAGGAAGCACACUUUGGCAGAUAUAGACCCGAAAACGGGUACCGUUAGCAUAAAGUACAGGGCCGUAAUCGACGAUACGCUGGAUUCGAAAGAGUGCGCCACGGUACCCCCAGCGAUCAGAUCAUAUUAAUCAGACAUGAGAGAGUAUGGAACUCUGCAUCACGUGUACUUAUGCAAUUUUAACGAGAUAAACAUUAAUUAAUUGGAUUUUAUUAAGAAAAGUAUUCAUUAUCUAAGUUUUUGCAGAAGUAUUUGCUAAUAGAUUAGGUAUUUAUUAUGUAAAUAUAGGAAGAGAUUCUCGAAGAGAUACCUACUACAAAUGUUUCGAAGCUGUGAAAAACCUGUUUAUUUGUAAAAUUUGUAAGACAAACCAUUUAUUAAAUAAAUUUUA